AUGGUCUUCAGCGACGCGUUGAAGCUUGAAAGGAUGGGGCGGAAGACAGCGCACAAGCCAAUCAAAGCAUCCCGAACAAACAGAAACCGCAAGACGACCCCAGAGAACAGCGCAUCAGCGCAUCAGCACAUCAGCACAUCAGACACCCUACAGAUCGAUCCCACAACCCAAGGCCCCCGCACCCACGCAAGCAAUCGCCCAGCAAACCGCUCCCGAACCGCGAAUCCACAGAACGACCAGCACCAGCGCAAUCAUCAGAAGGCGCAAGAUCCGCGCGCGCCGCAGGAUCAACGAAGACGGCGGCGAGCCCAGAAACGCCCAGGGGGGACAGAGCACGGCGAGCUGACGAAGAGCACGACACAGACGGCCAUUGUCGCCCCCACAAACGAGCGCCAGCCGCCAAGCUCCGAGACCCGCUCGACAUCCAACGACCCGCAGAAGUCGAAAGAGCAGAGAGCAGAGAGCCGACGGGCUCCAGCGGACUCCAGCGGAAGGAGCAGAGCGCGACAAGCGCCCCGACCGAAAGACGGCACGCACACGAGCGCUGAGCCAGCACCAGACGAUCAGAUGGCCGCAAACAGCAAGCAGGAGGACCUGCCCACAGACCCGCACGCGCCCGCCACAGCGACGCCGACGCCCAAACGAGUCGGCCACGCACGUGCACGCGCGAUGGGGAUGACGAAGACGAGGACGAGGACGCGAGACCGCCAUACGAGAAGAGACCUGGGAUCCGACGACGCGCGCGCGAUCCGAGAUCGGAGGACCCUGGUGGCGUCUGACAGCAUCCGACGCUACCUUCCACCCACCCCGACCCACCCCGCCCCACCCCGCCCCCAGAACGCGGCACGACCAAAAGGAAGUGAGGGCUCCCCCCCACCAGCAAGUCUUGAGACCCCGACCCCACCGCUCGCCGCCUGCCCGCGCGCCUACCUAUCCCGCGAGAUCCAAACUCCCGAGCGUCUCCCUAGUCCCGCACGCAGCGCCGAAGACAAACAAGCCAAAGAAGGAACGGCGCGGGCGAAACACAGAAGCCCCUGGGACCGCACACCCAGACGCACGCACGCACGCCCACAGACGCACACGCGCACGGGACAUGGCCAGAUGGCGCGAUGCUGUAACCGCGCCAAACAUCACGAAGCCAGCCAGCAAAGAAGCAAAGAAGGACGAACGGGCGACAAAACGGGCGCACGGAGGAACGUCGACUCGGAUUGGGGGCCGUUAUGGGAGCGCGUGCGGUCACGGGGCACGGGUUGCGGGUCGCGGGUCGCGGGUCGCGGGUUGUCGGGCGGAGGUGGGAAUAUCAGGAAGGAGGGGGGGGGGGGAGAAAGGCGGGAGUGGGGUGCGGGAGCACGUCAAACGCCAGCCGCCGCGUCUCCCGUGAGCGGUACACAGACCACCGGACCAGACAGCAACCAGAGAGCGACCAGAGCACAUGCGACGCACUCAGGGGCCGCGUCCACAACCGGACGGGGCAAGCCCGCACGAUCAGCCAGCCAUACCAUUGCUAUUCCCGAACGCUGUGAACCGAAGAUGUCGCUGAGACCAAGCCGAGCAGGCGUGUGCGUAUAUGCGCGCACGCGCGCUGUCAGGAUCGCCCGCGGCGAGCCCAGCAGGGCAGAUCCAGCCCCGCGCAUGCGCACAGACGCAAACACGAUCGUCGCUGAUUGCGCGUCGAGCCAUCGACCGCGGCGCGGCUACCUCGCCAGCUCCUAUCUGGUGCGCGCACGCGCGGCUCUUCUCCUGAGCGGAGGCCCCACCGCGCCGCACGCAGCACGCGCGAGACGACGACAGACGGGACGCACGGCGGCGCAGCGCGUCGCACAGUACAGUACAGUGCAGCACAGAACAAACCCCUAG